GGUGGAGGAAGGAACGGCUCCGCCGCCCUUCGCUUCUUUGUUGGGCUGCUGCUCCUUCGGAGUCAUGGCGCCGUCGCUCUGGAAGGGGCUGGUGGGCAUCGGCCUCUUCGCCCUAGCCCACGCGGCGUUUUCCGCUGCGCAGCAUCGUUCUUAUAUGCGAUUAACAGAAAAGGAAGAUGAAUCACUGCCAAUAGAUAUAGUUCUUCAGACACUUCUGGCCUUUGCAGUUACCUGUUAUGGUAUAGUUCACAUUGCAGGGGAGUUUAAAGACAUGGAUGCCACUUCAGAACUAAAAAAUAAGACAUUUGACACAUUAAGGAAUCACCCGUCAUUUUAUGUAUUUAAUCAUCGCGGUCGAGUACUGUUCCGGCCUUCGGAUACAACCAAUGCUUCAAACCAAGAUGCAUUGUCCUCUAACACAUCAUUGAAGUUACGAAAACUUGAAUCACUGCGUCGUUAAGAUUUUUACAAAUUAUAACAACAGGACAGGACACAGAGCUGGAAUAUUGGAGUUUGGGGUACAAAACACUCCCCCCAUCAGUAUUUAUAUUGAUCUUUCAGACCUAACUAAAAAAAGUCUAUGACCCUUGUUUGUACACUGUUAAUCAAAUCAUUAAUGCAGUAUAAGUGAUCUGUGAAAUGAGUCUUUGAUCUUUCAGAGAGGAUUCUUUUUUUCAUUGAAAACAAAUUCACAUUUUUUUUUUGUAAAAGUCACUGUUUUGAGCACAUUUCUUGGGAAAAUGUUGAUGGUUUUGUAAUUAUUUAUUUUCUUAGAUUUCUUUUCUUUUGCACUACAGUUUUGAGGAUCCUUUUGGAAAUAGUGUGACUACUGCAUUUUGCAGCAUGAAUGAUGGUAAAAUGGUCUUCAUUUCUUAACACCCAACGGACUUCUCUAAAGAGACCAAAAUGGUGACUUCAUCAGCUUUCCUUAUGCCCCCUACAAAGUGGCUCUGCUUCAGCAGAUACUCGCCAGUUUUUAAUUUAUCCGUGAUUUCUCACCCUACCCCGCUCCCAUAUACCUCCUAACAUCAGCUGUCUUGUUUCAUCACUUCUCUGGGGUUCUGUGUGCAGUGAGCAACUUUCGUGUCAGAAAUCCUUUGUCAUAACAAAUAUAUUUAACAAACUCGAUUUGCUGUAAAGCUACUUGUGUUCUCAUUUAUCUGUAAAAAAAAGUCCCUAAUUGAUUAUGUAGUGUGAGAAUAGCUGAAGAUAGACCAAAAAGACCAUUCAUGAAUUAAUCAUCCUGCCUGUGUAGAAGAAUAGUAAUCACUGAGGAAAACUGAUACUUGUCAUUAAGCCAGUUUAACUUAUUCAAAGCCUCUGUUACUUUAUUGCAUACUAAACUAGUGAAUUAGUAAAAAUAAAGGAAACUUUCUCAUUAAAGGUAGACUUCAAAGGAAUUGGGCCAAAUAUGUUCUAAAUAUUUGGAACUAAUAUUUUUAAUUAAAAAAUUAAGGUCAUUUAAGAAAUUUUCAUAGCUUCUGAUUUGCAGCAGGCUUAAGAGUUUUCCAUCUUCAUUGUAUGGUGCGGAAGGUGAGGAUGAGGGUACAGCAUAGAAUUUUUUUAGAAACAGGGAUCUUAGUUUUAGGGAAAUUUGGCUGGCUCUUUGAUCUGCAGGAAGCUAAACAUUUCUUUGUAGGGAAUGUUGCUUUUGCUGAAUCGUGCAGGUAUGAACACCGUGCUUUUGUUGAACUGUAUAGGUGUAAAGGGAAUAACUAUGCAGAUUUGAAAAGGAAAUAUGCUUUAGUCAUAAGAUGCCCUUAUCCUUGAUGGCAUUGAGUUUUUAUCAUUGCUUAGUUUUGUUUUGCCAACCCAGUCAGUCUAUGCAACCCUGCCUCUGCCCUCUAUGGAGAACAAACUUAGAAAUCUGUUGAAAACCUAAAAUAAUUUAGAAACAAGUUUUAACAUGUGAAGUCAGGAGCUAAGUGGUCAUAAUUAAGUCAAAAUUAUGUGUGUGAGAAACAAGCUCCUCGCAUCAGGCUUGUCUACCGUUUCCUCAGGUAUGACUUCAUUUGCAAGAGCCUCCUGUUUUCUUCUCUUUUGGGGCCUGUCUUCCUUUCCUAAUAUGUUUUUAUGGUAACUUAAUUGAAAUGUAACUCACGUACCUUACCAUUCACCCAUUUAAGGGGUACGGUUCAGUGGUUCUGUAAUAUAUGCACCAAGUUGUGCGACUCUGUGACCGUAUGACCACAGUCAACUUGAGAACAUUGCCAUCAGCCUGGGCCCUUUAGCCGGCACCUGUCAUUUCCCCCCAGGGCCUUUUGUCUCAAUAGAUUUGUCUGUUCUGGUCAUUUACUAUGAAUGGAUUCCUACAGUGUCUGGUCUUUCGUGACUGACUUCCCAAGGAUGGCUCUGUUCUAUGUGGAGGGAGAACUUCUCAUCUUGAGAACUGGGAUUGCUGUGAAGGGCAGGGGCUGGUAAAGGUCAGUAGAUGUAAGGAGCGAAGGGCAGAUGCCUAAGAGGUUUCUUAGUCUUAAUGCUGAAUAGUCCUUCCUCAGAACCAAGCAUUCAUGAUACGUUACUGCUUUUAAUAUUUUGUCUGGUCUCUAGAAUGGAUAUUGAAAUCUUUGCCUGCAUGGUCGGGAGAGUCUUGCUAAGUAACGAUGCCAAAUAAUGGGGCAAUUAAUUGACAUAGCAGUUUUCAGUUGUGUCUAAUUAUUCAAGGAGCUUGUAUACCUCCGGUCAGGUGAACUUCCCAAAUGUUUCAGUUUCCUCCGUGAAUUUCUGCUGUCCUUUUCGAGUAUGUACCACAGGAUUUGGGUGAUCUGGGUACAUCGUAACAGUGCUAAAGGGAUUAGGUUCAGGUCUUUAGUCAUCAUACGAUGAGACAGCACUAAGGUAGUCCAAAAAUGUAGUGAUGUGAGCUGGUUAAGCCUGCAGUUGACUGUGAUUUCAGUGACAUUCAGAAGCGUGUACUAUUGAAGGCGCUCUAGAAUAUAGGAAGACUCACUCGAUAACCAGGGAACCAGCCCAAUGCUGUGGGCUAGUGGGAGACUGCAAUGCUCUGUAACUCCCUAAUGACUGUUUCCUAAGCAUUGUGGCUUAUUUUUGAGUGGCAUGACAGCAUCUCCCUGGUUGUAUGUGGCCUGUUUCCAUGAUGUAUUGAGUAGUGUUGUUUGUUGUGAGCAUCGAUGCCUGUAACACCAAGCUAAACACAUUCUUUUGGAUAUGUUUCCUCUCUUUAAAUGACCUUGCCCUGUCCAAUAAAUAAAUGAUUGUCUCACCCUGUU